GAUAACCCAAAGGGGAUAGAAGCACAGUGAAUUUGGUGGUGAUUCUGCAAUGGGAAUACAAAAUAUCAUCCAGAUUUUUAUUGGGAGUUAUGUGAUCUGCAGCAGAACAUACUACUUAGUGAUUACCAUCCUUUUGCUUCCUUACUGUCCAGUUUUGACUUUCCGAGCACCCCCUGUCGUCCCAAAUCUUCCCUUUAUUAUGGGUUGGAAUGCUCCCACUGAAAUCUGUACUGAGAAGUUUAAGUUACCACUAGAUCUGAGCCUCUUUUCCUUUGUUGGAAGCACUCUAAAGAAAGCUACAAAUCAGAAUAUCACUAUGUUUUACACGGAUAGGCUAGGUUACUAUCCUUAUAUAAAUGAAAAAACAGGUAAAAUUUAUAAUGCGGGGAUCCCUCAAUUAGUUUCUUUAGAAAAGCAUUUAGUCAAAGCAAAGCAAGACAUUUUCUACUAUCCAGAAGAUAAAUUUGGUUUGGCGGUUAUUGACUGGGAAGAGUGGAGGCCUAAUUGGGUAAGAAACUGGAAACCGAAAAAUAUUUACCAAGAACAGUCUGUUGAGCUGGCUUAUCAACAAAAUAUCAACUUAAAUCGCACUGAGGCCUGGAAAGUUUCCAAAAAAGAUUUUGAAAGGGCAGCAAAGAUUUUUAUGCAAGAAACUUUAAAAUUGGGGAAAUUCCUGCGGCCAAAUCACUUAUGGGGCUAUUACCUUUUUCCUGAUUGUCAUAACUAUAACUACAAAAACUCCAAAUACAAUGGAAGUUGCUAUGAUAUUGAAAUAAAAAGAAACAAUGAGCUCAAUUGGUUGUGGAAAGAGAGCACUGCACUUUUCCCAUCUAUCUAUUUAUCCAAGAAGCUAAAGUAUACUCAGAAGACUCAUUUCUUUGUACGCAGUCGUAUUAAGGAAGCCAUUCGAGUUUCUGAAGUAGUCAGUUUCAAUAAACCUCUUCCAAUUUUUGUAUAUUUACGUCCAGUUUUUACCGAUGCACCAUCUCAAUAUCUUUCAGAGGCUGAUCUUGUAAAUACCAUUGGAGAAUCUGUUGCCCUGGGUGUCUCUGGAAUAGUAAUGUGGGGGAGCCUCAAUUUUACACAAAGCAAGAAAACAUGCACUGUCUUAGACGAUUACAUAAGGACUACACUGAACCCUUACAUUAUCAAUGUCACUCUUGCAGCCAAAAUGUGUAGCCAAGUCCUUUGCCAAGAGAAAGGAGUUUGCAUUAGAAAACACUGGAAUUCUACUGAUUAUCUUCAUCUGAAUCCAAAGAGAUUCAGCAUUCAAAAUAGGAAAGACAAAAAAUAUAUCAUUUAUGGAAAGCCCAAACUUCAGGAUCUACAAGAAUUUUCAGAGAAAUUUCAAUGCAACUGCUAUGCAGGCUCCAAAUGUAAAACAGAAAAAGCUGUAGAAAAUGUUCAAGAUAUCAAGGUGUGCAUUGCAGAAGAUAUUUGUAUUGAAGCCUAUUUAGAUUCAAACCUGAUUGAUAAUAAAUUCAGGUCCCCAAUCCGGAGACAACAAGUUAAUCUUACCUUUCAGAACUUUCUUCCCCUGAACUGUCUUGACAUAGAAGAUCAGCAGAUUUCUACCCCAGCCAGUAAUGGCACAGGCAAUGGUGAUAGUUCAUACAAUGACAAUAAUAAUACAGAGACUACUAUUAACAAAUAUACUUUUAGAAUGAACUGUUCACUUAAACGCACCCAUGAAGACACUGAAAAUGGUAUGUCUGAUGUUUCAUAUCAACAGAUACCUGAUUUAUAUAAACUAAAACCUGAAAACAAUUUAAUAGAUACAAUGAUUUAUUCGAAAUCUAAUUCAGUGUUCAUGAACUUUUGCACUUACGUGCUUUUAUAUUUUCCUACCUGUGGAAUUGUUUUGUCAAUUUUUCUUUUUACAGGCAUGUAAUGCAUGCCAACAGUUUUCUUGAAAUGUGAAUCAAUCUUUGUAAUAGCAUUAUCACAACCAAAAUCACACAUAUAUUUUUAAAUAUAGAAAGUGACUUUAAAAUGAAUGCUUUUUUGUAGACUUGAUUAUGCCUGAAGCAAAAGUCUUAUCUAUCAACAAAUUAGGACCUAAAAUAUUAUAUUUUAUCUGAAUAUUUGGUCUAAUUAUAGUAAAUUAAAUUUUUUUUACAGAGAAAAUAUUCUUGAAUUUCAAGGUUGAUUUUUUCCUAAUACAGCUUUAUAUUGCCAAUCUUGUAAAGAGAGCUAAUUUAAAAAAUAUUAUUGCUAUACUCCAAUAAGGACUUUUAGAAUAUAAGUCUAUAGAAUAUAAGUCUAUGACCCAGAAAUGAGAAGAAUCUUGUUCCUAAUUAAGAUAGAGCAAGAAGUUGGUAACUCAUGAGUGCCGAGUAAGUGCCAAUAGCUUUUGGUACCUUCCUUUUUUUUUUUUUUUUCUGUAUGAAAAUGAAUAUGUGAAUAAAACUAAGUUACUUCCCAUUGUUGUCUUUUAACAAAAUUAUAAUUUGUAAUAAAAUUUUUUUAAAGGAAAAA